CUCGCCUCUAAAUUUAGGCCUUUUUUGUUUUGUAAAUUUUCACACUAAACGCCAUUAUCCAGAGUCAAAAAGUCCAAAAUUACACGAGCAUUGCGAUGAGCGACGUUAUCGAAGUAUUGUCGUCCGACGAUGAGGAUUCCGCUGCGAAAAAAGCGCCAACAAAUAAACCGGGCACCGCAAAUAACGCAGUUACAACAACAACAACCGCAAAUAAUGCGAGACAAUUUGUUGGUGUGAAGCGAACGAACGCGGAAGAGCAAGCAACAACGAAAAAGAGACUGAAGACGAAUCAUGUGAGUCCGCAGGUGACGCAUCCGGCAUUACAGCGACAAAAUUUGGGAGCUCCAAAGCCAUUUUCAUCGGAAACUGUGAUGGUUUUUGACCCAAAAUCGCGAAAUGUUGUGUAUCAGGCGAGUCCCAAACAACAGAUGAAAAUUACCAGAGUGAUGUCUCUCGGAGGCGAGGGAACGCCAAAAGAUCCAUUAGCAACGACACCCCCAAAAGUUGCAUUGCCACAAUUAAGUGAAGUUGCCAUAAUCCCACUGAAUCCAAAAAAUGCCGCCAAUCCACAAAAUAAAGCUUCUUCCAGUAAUAAUUCAAGAUCUCUCCUGAAAUCUGCUCAAGAGAACGGUUUCACAGCCGUGAACGAGUCUGCGAAUCGAAACGUUAUCGUUUCGCCCGUUCCCGGCUCCAGCAGAACAUCGUCAAUGUCGAGUCCCGGCACAGCAUCAAACACUUCCACACCAAAUCCCGUCGAUGUACCAAAGAAAGACAAGCCGCCGCCGAUCCAAGUGAAGAAAGAGAUGAAUUCCGCAUUCACGGAACUGUUAGAAGUUUGUAAAUCUGUCGAAAAGUCCAAAGAAAUGGACUUAAUUACAACUAAACUAACGAAAUACUAUCACGGCGUGCAUCCGGAUUUCGUCAAUUCAGCAAGUUUCAUAAAAAGUGUCGAAAAAACUGCUGCUGACAUCAAAACGCAGCCCGCUCAGGUGUUUUUCUUGCUGAAAACCAUCGUUGAUGAACUGAAAAUCCGCCAAGGAGGCGUCAAAAUGGCGGAAAAUGGGGAAGUUGUCACGGAAAAUGACGAAGCAGUUUCAACGGGCGAUCCCAAACUCGACAAGAAACUUUACAAGUUGAAUCGCUGUUUGUACAUUACGCAAAAAAAGAUUGAAAAACUAAGACAACAAGACGCCAUGUGGGAAGAGGAAAAUAAUUCGUCGUAUUUGAUGAUAAGUCGCUUUGAAAAACGUGCUGUGCAAAUUUACGAGAAAAUUUGUGAGUUAACGGGCGAAAGUACGGAUGCGAAACGCAUGGUGAAACGUCCCGUUAAAUUCAAAAAGACUAAAUACACGGAAUUUAAUCGCUCACUCCAAUCGUUCGUGAAUAAAACAAAAAAUUUCCCGGAUUUUUAUGAUGUGCUAAAAGUGCUCGAGUAUUGCAACACGCAAUACGACUACGGAUUGAACAAGGACAACUUGAAGAUUGUCGCACAAAACGCAUUUCAGGAUCUCGGUGAAACGCUUCAGGGUCGCCGCAAGUUGGAAGAAUACGAAUCUCUCACGUAUUUCGCCAACAUGGCGACAGACGACCCAGCGUUGCAUGAUGCCGAACUCGCGCGCAAACUGGAAGAAAAUAAAAAGUACCAUUCGCGCAUCGAUGAUGUCAUCAACAAAUAUGCCGAAGGUCGACAUAUCGAAGCCGAAGAGAUGAUCCACGGUAAAAGGAAACGUUUGAACAGCGGCAAUAGUUGCGAUUCUGGCAACGAUGACAAUCCGCCAGAAUUGGUAAACGGCACAAAUCCACCGACAUCGACAACGACGACGACGACGAAAGAAGAAACGACAGAAAAUGAACACAACAACAACAGCACAAACAACUUGCCAAAGACCUCAGUUGCCUCCAUUGCCGAUCAAACCAAUGACAUAAAAAUGGAGCCCGAACUACUGAGUCUCGAUGACGUUGCGUUGUUUGACUCGUCGCCAACGCCUAACUCUUCAUAGCUUAUGAACAACAUGUUAUUUCUUAAUUGCGUGAAUUAAUGAAAAAAAGGAAGUUGAAACUGAAAAUAAUUUAAACUUAAAGUGUGAUAAAUAUUAAAAAAGAGGGAAAAAAGCGAUUUAUAGUGAAACUUGAAGAUUCGGUUAUACGAAAAUGGAACAGAUAGAAUUUAAUGAGAAAUCUUUUGUUUAAUAUUAAAUUUACACUAAAUAUUGAAUGUAUUUAUCGGUCUAUAUAAGAAGCAUUUCAUUUCAAAAUUUGAGAAUUUGCAACAUUCAUUUAUGGA